AUCCUGUUCAGGGUAUAAUGAACUUUAAAUUUUAUUGAUUACUCUCAGUGUAUGAAAAAAAUUAAUAACGAUCAGUUGCUAUAUAUAUUAUAAUUAAAACAAAUUUACUAUUUAUUUAGAUAAUCUAAUUUUUGGUUCGUAAUAAAUUGUUGGCGAUCAUUUUGUUUAAUUCACUUUUUUAAAAUAAUUUUGUUUUAUUUCUAUAAACCUAAAAAUAUGUAUGUAUGUAUGUAUGUAUUCUUACUUUUUUAUUAAGAGAUUGUGUAAAAUAUUUAUUUUUUUAUUUUAACAAUUAUUACUAAAUAUUAUACAUAAUAACAGAUGUGUACAGCUAUUUGACAUGUAUUAAAUAACUGAGAUGCAAAUAUUGUUAUUGUUUUAACUAAAUAACGGCUUGCAAUGUCAGGAAAUAUUAUUUGCAAUCCUUGCUGUACAACUACAAAAGUAGUUAAGAUUUAACUGAACUAUAAAUUUCUUGUUUCGUUUUUACAAAAUGCCAAGUGAAAUCAUAACCUUGCAGUUGGGACAAUGCGGAAACCAAAUCGGCUUUGAAUUCUGGAAGCGCUUAUGCCUAGAGCACGGUAUUUCACCAAACGGUGUACUAGAGGAUUACGCCACCGAUGGCUUAGAUCGCAAGGAUGUCUUCUUUUAUCAGGCUGAUGAUAACCAUUAUAUACCGCGCGCGGUAUUACUUGAUCUGGAGCCACGAGUUAUCAAUACAAUAAUGACAUCAACGCACGCCAAGCUAUAUAAUCCGGAGAAUAUAUUUUUAUCAAAGCAUGGUGGCGGCGCAGGAAACAAUUGGGCUUCGGGUUUUAGUCAAGGCGAGAAGUUACACGAAGAAGUUUUUGAUAUCAUUGACCGCGAGGCAGAUGGUAGUGAUUCACUGGAAGGGUUUGUGCUCUGCCAUUCAAUAGCCGGCGGCACAGGUUCGGGUAUGGGUUCAUAUAUCAUGGAACGAUUGGCAGAUCGUUUUCCCAAAAAAUUACUACAAACAUAUAGUGUAUUUCCAAACCAAGAUGAAAUAAGUGAUGUUGUUGUACAACCAUAUAAUUCGUUGCUUACUCUUAAGCGUCUGACUGUGUGUGCGGAUUGUGUGGUCGUUUUGGAUAACACAGCGUUGAAUCGGAUAGCUGCAGAUCGCCUGCAUAUUGAGAAUCCAACCUUCGCCCAAAUUAAUAAUCUAGUAUCGACCAUAAUGUCAGUCAGUACAACUACUUUGCGUUAUCCUUCAUAUAUGAAUAAUAAUCUGAUUGGAUUGACAGCACCAUUAAUACCGACACCACAAUUACAUUUUCUAAUGACAGGAUAUACACCUCUGACCACUGAAAACGAUCCAAAUUUGAGUGUACGUAAAACGACGGUGCUGGAUGUUAUGCGCCGUCUGUUGCAGCCCAAAAAUAUGAUGGUAUCUUCUGGACCGGAUAAGACAAACCAUCACUGCUACAUUUCUAUAUUAAAUAUUAUACAGGGCGAAGUUGAUCCAACACAAGUACACAAAUCGCUGCAGCGUAUACGCGAACGAAAACUAGCCCAAUUCAUACCUUGGGGUCCUGCUAGCAUACAGGUUGCCUUGUCGCGUAGCUCACCAUAUGUACAGAGCAAUCACAAAGUUUCCGGUUUAAUGAUGGCUAAUCAUACUGGCAUUACAUCGCUAUUCAACCGCGCAUUGGCGCAAUAUGAUAAAUUGCGUAAACGUGGAGCAUUCUUAGAUCAGUUUCGUCGGGAAGAUAUGUUUAAGGAUGAUCUAUCCGAACUGGAUCACUCCAAACUAGUAUUAGACUGUCUUUCGCAGGAGUAUGAAGCAGCGACACGUCCAAAUUAUUUGCAAUGGAGUCCAAAGGAUAUUCAACAAGGCUUCUAAAUUUGAGCGCAUUUAAUAUUUUUUUAUCGCAAAAAUUUAAUGUUUUGUGGUUAAGUAUAAAGCUGAAUAGAAUAGAAAGAAUUUCAUUUCUUAAUAAAUAAAGUAUUUGAAACGUGUUUUGCCAUUAAA